UUUCUUUUCAGAUUCCUGUGUAGCAUCCAACACCAAAACUCCAGACAGGAACACAAAAUCGUACCAGGUGUUACCAUUAGCUAGGGCCAUCACCCUCAGCCGGCAGCCAGACGUCACUUUUCAUUAGUUAAUCGAAGGAUUGUCUGUGAAUGCGAGAAGCUAGGAAGCAAGGAUGACUGCGGUAAUCCAAUACCGGCAGCUUCACUGGUGGUCACCAUGAAGAGAUUUCCCUUAUGGAAGGGGUCUGCUGCUAUUUCUAGUUGGGAUUACCGGAUCAGAACAACAUCGCCAUUGUUGCUGUCACCAUGGAUAUCCUUGCUAGAAGAGCUAGUAAUGGUUGCAAAUGGCGGGUUGUGAGUAGUACUAGUGUUUCCAGGUUGUUCUUCAGUGGUUAUCGUGACGCACAACUGUUGGGGAUCGGGGGUUCUCGAGUGUCAGAAUGCCAAAAUCGGAUGGGCAUCGAUUGCUGCUGAUCUGUGGUGAUUUACGAUCCUAGGAAGAGAAAUGACCCCAGAUGGAAAAAUGAAGUGAACGGGGUUGGUAUGUGAGAAGCAAAAAUAGAGAGAAAAUUAGUAUAAAAUAGUUGAAUCGAAGCCAAAAUAUAGCAGGGGGUGAUACAAUUCUAAACACACCCAGAGAAGAAUCGGGCCAGCUCAGUGCUAUAUGUGUAGGGGCAAACCUAAGCAUCAUUAGGUAGUGAUGAAAUUUUCUGUUUAAUUCGCCGAAAGAAGAAAUUUUACAAAUAAAUAUAAAAAUCAAGGGAAGAGAGCAGUGAAGCGAAGUGAGAUUGAAGUCCACCGGGAAUCGAAAAUUUGAGGUCAUUGGGAAGGCCGAGAAAAGGAAAAAUCACUUUUGUGUGCCCUUCAACGGCAAAAAUUGGUGUAACUACAAACAGCAAAUCACCGGCAGCAAAAUGACCGACCCAAAGGACGUUCUCGCUGGGCUAAAUCUGUCCAGCUUAUCCGUGAUACCAGCAUCGACCCGGUUGCGCGAGCUCGAGUCGCUCAUCAUCGACAAUGUCACCUCGAACAACAACCUCAACAGCGCCGGGCUGUCGUCGGAGAAAUUCCUCUCGACCGAAACGAUGCUCGACGGGUUGCUGGUGCUCUACGACGAGUGCUGCAAUUCGUCGCUGCGGCGGGAGAAAACCGUCUCCGACUUCAUCGAGCUGGUCAAAUCGGUGGUGCAGUGCAUCAAGCAGCUUCGGCUGUCCCGGGAUGAUUUCGAGGUGCUCAAGGUCAUCGGCCGAGGUGCGUUCGGCGAAGUUUGCGUCGUCCGAAUGAAUCACACUAGUCAGAUCUACGCGAUGAAGAUCUUGAACAAAUGGGAAAUGCUAAAGCGAGCGGAGACGGCAUGCUUUCGGGAGGAACGCGAUGUGCUCGUAUUUGGCGAUCGCCGAUGGAUUACGAACCUACACUACGCAUUUCAGGACGAUAUCAAUUUGUAUCUGGUGAUGGAUUACUACUGCGGUGGCGAUCUGUUGACCCUGUUAAGCAAGUUCGAGGAUCGUCUUCCGGAAGAUAUGGCCAGGUUCUACAUAGCCGAAAUGGUCCUGGCCAUCAACAGUAUUCACGAGCUGAAAUACGUUCAUAGGGAUAUAAAGCCGGACAACAUCGUGCUAGAUGUAAGUGGGCACAUACGACUGGCCGAUUUCGGAUCCUGUUUAAAGUUGGGCCCCCAGGGCACAGUGCAAUCUAACGUAGCGGUCGGAACUCCGGACUACAUUUCCCCGGAGAUUUUGAGGGCCAUGGAAGACGGUCAGGGCAAGUACGGUCCCGAAUGUGACUGGUGGUCCUUGGGAGUGUGCAUGUACGAAAUGUUGUUCGGGGAGACCCCGUUUUAUGCGGAAAGUUUGGUCGAAACGUAUGGUAAAAUUAUGAACCAUAAAAAUUGUUUCGAUUUUCCCAACGACGACGAAGAGUUCCAAGUCAGUGAGAAUGCUAAGGAUUUAAUCAAACGAUUGAUUUGUUCGCCGGAGUACCGACUGGGGCAGAAUGGGAUCGAAGAUUUCAAAUCACACCCGUGGUUUGAGGGCAUCGAUUGGGAUACGAUACGUAACGGCCAGGCGCCGUACAUACCUGAGGUUUCUAGUCCAACUGAUACGUCGAAUUUUGACGUAGACGAUACGGAUAUCAAGUUGUCCGACGCGGUGCCUCCGACGACGAAUCCGGCCUUCUCAGGGCACCAUCUGCCUUUCGUUGGUUUUACCUUUACCAAGGACAGCAGCCUCUCGGAUGUGGGGAAACUGUCACGUGCCAUUAGCAAUUUAAAUUAUAGUCAAUUACAGCAGCCACUCGCUCCACUAAAGCUGGAAAGUAGUCAGAAGCACGGCUCGGAGGAGAAACGCCUUAGUCCGGACAGUACCCGGAAGCUGCAGGACGAGAUCAACAUCCUGACCAAGCGGAAUUGUGAACUAGAGAGUCAAAUUAAAAGUUUCGAGCGACAGGAAUUCGCCGUCCGAGCCAGUGGCAAUGCUUCUACCGGAGAUGCAGUUGAUGGCCAGUUAGAUGCUAAGGUUAAAGAGUACGAAAAAUUGAUCCGCCAGAUGCGCCAGGAGAAGGAGGACAUGCAGAAGGAACACGUGGAUGCACUUGAAAGACUGAAAAUACAAGAUAAGGAACUGAAAGAUGCGCUCGGUCAGCGGAAGCUAGCGAUGGCCGAGUACACCGAGGUUACCGACAAACUUUCUGAUUUGAGGCAACAGAAACAGAAACUAUCCCGGCAGGUACGCGAUAAGGAGGAGGAGGUUGAAGUUGCCAUGCAAAAGGUCGACACACUGAGGAGCGAACUAAGGAAAACCGACAAAACGCGAAGAGAGUUGGAAGCCCGUUUGCAAGAUCUGCUGUCGGAAAUAACUCGGGAACGACAGCUCCGAGAACGAUCCGAGGAUUACUGCCGGCAGCUGCAAUCCGAAGUGCGGAGUAGAAGUUCUUCAGAACUUGGCUCUUCAUCAUCUCUAGGAAUCUCAUCAUCCGACUCGAUCCGACUGGAAAUCGAUCGGCUAGAAGUAGAAUAUAGCGAAAAGAUUAACCUCCAACAGUCUCGGUACAACACGGAAAUAUCUGCGCUACGAGAGCAACUCACCGAAGCAGAAAACCACCGGGAAAUGUUGCAAAUCGAGCUUCAACAGGCCCGGGAUAAACUGGACUCCAGCCGUCUCGAAUCGCUCACCGAUUCCGAAGAAACCAUCCUGGAGCUGCGGAAACGCCACGAACGAGAGAAGAAGAUCCUACUGGAUGACAACCGCAAACUGAUCUCCGAUCUGGAAAUUAUUAGCGAACAAAACCGACGUCUGCAGAACGAACGACUGCAAAUGGAAAGCGAUUAUGAAGAACUGAGAAAUAAACGCCAAGCAUUCAGUCAGUGGGAGCGGCAGAUUUCGGAGAUCAUCCAGUGGGUGUCGGACGAGAAGGACGCCCGUGGCUACCUGCAGGCACUGGCAACCAAGAUGACCGAGGAGCUGGACUUCCUGAAGCAUUCGGGCUCAUUGAACCACAACGCCAACGAUAAGAACUGGCGCAACCGGCGGUCCCAGAAGCUGGACAAGAUGGAACUGCUCAAUCUGCAGAGUUCGCUGCAGAACGAGAUCCAGGCCAAGGCACUGAUUUCGGAAGAGCUAACGCGAACCCGAACCGACCUAGUGGCGGCUCAGAAGGACCUCAGAGAGACGCGCCAGGUGUGCGAAUCGAUUGGGGUAGAGCUGAAACGCAAGGACAACCAAAUCAAGGAUCUUCAACAGCGGCUGGAAUCGAACGAAGGAUUCCUGGAGCGACCAUCUUCGCAGAUGUCCUACUUGGACCAUUUCCUCAAGGAAUCUGGAGGAGGUUCCAGCUCUACGACGCACACCAAUUCAACGCUAGCAGUGAAUAUGCCGUCCCAACAGAACAGUCAACACGUGACGUCGACCAGUUCAUCGUCGAACAACCUCACCAACAAUACCCCUACAAUGAACCAGCACAACCAGAGUUUAACAUCGCUGCACCAGCAGUUGCAGCAGCAGCAAAUCCAGCAACAGCAGCAGGAACGGCAACAACUGUUGGCCCAACAGCAGCAGCAGCAACACCAAAGGCAACAGCAGCAGCUUGAUCCGUCGCACACCUACAGCAACCAGCAGCAGGUACAGCACCAGAUGCAUCACUCCAACUACUCGAUGGAGAGUGAAGAGGGCGAUGUCGAGGACAAUCGAGGUCACUCGCUGUCCAGCUCGAAGAGCAACCUGAGUGAUCAUUCGCUGAGUAUGCACAGCGUGAUGAUGCCGAAGCAGAAGGUGCAUCAAUUUUUGGUGCGCACGUUUUCUAGUCCUACCAAGUGCAACCACUGCACCUCGCUGAUGGUCGGUCUAACCCGGCAGGGUGUGGUGUGCGAGCUGUGCGGCUUCGCCUGCCACAUGAUCUGCUGCCAGAAGGUACCGACUCAGUGUCCGGUACCGUCGGAUCAGACCAAACGACCGCUGGGGAUCGAUCCGACCCGGGGCAUCGGGACAGCGUACGAGGGUUAUGUCAAGGUUCCGAAGCUGGGUGCUGUGAAGCGAGGCUGGAUUCGCCAGUUUGUGGUGGUGUGUGAUUUCAAGUUGUUCCUGUACGAUAUCUCGCCGGAUCGGAGCGCUCUGCCGAGCGUUCACGUUACUCAGGUGUUGGAUAUGCGUGAUCCCGAGUUCGGAGUAUCGGGGGUGCGAGAAAGUGAUGUCAUACAUGCGGCAAAGAAAGAUGUUCCUUGUAUCUUUAGGAUAACCACAUCCCUCCUAGAUGGUGGUCCAUCUCUUCAAACGUUGAUGCUGGCAGAUACCGAGUCCGAGAAGGCCAAGUGGGUGGUGGCACUCAGUGAGCUGCAUCGUAUUUUGAAGCGGAACAACCUACCCAAUACGGCCAUUUUCAGAGUUAAAGAAGUGCUCGAUAGUUCGCUGUCGGUGAUCCGCAGUGCGCUAAGUGCACUAAUCAUCGAUCCCGAUCGGAUUUUGCUGGGCACCGAGGACGGUUUGUUCUGUUUGGAUUUGGACCGUAGCGAAAUCGCUCGGAUAGGGGAAAGUAAAAAAGUAUUCCAGCUGUGGUACAUUGCCGAAGAGCAGCUGCUGGUGAUCCUUUGUGGGAAGCAGAGACAUCUAAGGUUGUUACCGAUUCGAGCGCUCGAGGCAGCGGAUGUCGAGUGGAUUAAGGUGGCGGAAUCCAAAAACUGUGUUACUGCGUGCACCGGGAUCAUCGAGCGAGGUCCCCAGCCGGUGUAUUGCAUUGUGAUUGCUUUGAAGCGACAAAAUACUUCCCAAAUUGUAGUUUACGUUGUCAAUAGGAACCGGAAUCGGCACCACAAAAUGUGCGAAUUUACGGUGGCCUAUCCGGUGCAGAGUUUGCAGGUGCUUUCCGAUAUGCGCUUGGCGGUCGGUCAUCAGAGUGGUUUUACGGCGUACUGUUUGCAGGGAGAGGCGCAAGCUAUGCCUCUUGUUCAUCCGGAAAAUCAACUGAACAAUUUCUUGAUUUAUUCGGGAGUUGAUGCAUGGCGAGUGAUUGAAAUACAAUCUGGACAGGGUUCGAAUGUUCAUGGGGAAUAUCUUCUAGUAUUCCAAACACUUGCCAUCUACGUCGACUUACAAGGUCGAAAAUCUCGGGACCGGGAAAUUAUGUAUCCAGCCGUUCCAACCCAUAUAACCUAUUGUGAUGGUCAUCUGCUAGUCUACUCCGAAACCCACCUGGACAUCUUCAACGCGCAAACGGCCGAGUGGGUUCAGUCGAUCGGGCUGAAACGAUCCCGUCCACUGGCCAACAAUGGUACGCUUUCGCUCACGACGAUGAACGACACUUCGCACGUCAUCUAUCUGGCCAACAUGCAUACUAGAGAACUACUUAAUUUGGCCCCCUGCGAUCGAGAGGGUCGUUUGAAAACGAAACGGUUCUCGCUGCGUAAUGAGGGUAGCCGAACGAUCAGAACGAGUACUGAUAGGCGAUCGAAGCUCAUUUCCGCCCCCACCAAUUUCAACCACAUUUCCCACAUGGGCCCGGGUGACGGUAUCCAAAAGCAGCGGCUUCUCGAUCUUCCCACCACGAUCGAAACGGCCGAUCAAACCAACCAGCAUAGGGUUUCCACGAUGCGACACGCUCCGCCACCUCCCCGGGCACCCCCACGGCCGAUGAUGCACCCUCACAAUGAAGGUUCCAAUAACUCUUUUCCAGGUGCCAAACGGACGGCCCCGGCUAGGCCUCGAGAUCAACCGCCCUCGCUGCCCCGUUCUCCCAGUCCUUUAGGUAGCAUGUCAUCGCUGCAGGAUGUUCUGAAGGUUGCCGAUAUGCAAUCCGAGUCGCGGCAAAGCGUGGCCAGCAAUAAUUCCAGCUCGUUCUCGACGCCACCCUCGCCGACCAACGAUCGUCUGAGUUCCAGUUACGAUUCCUAGUGGUAAGCAUAAGUUUCGCCGCUUUCGCUGGUGGUGAACAGCAAACUCGGCAGUUUAUAUUUGGCUUUUAAUUCGAUUCACUACUUCUACCGGAGGUAACUCGAUACGUUCGAAUAUGUAGUUGUAGAAACACGGAGUAUUUAUUUGACUUAGGCUGACCUCGGAAGGAGUGUAGCAAUAUUUACAAACUAUACUAAACAAUUGAUGGAAAAUACUCUAAAUCCAGUCAUUAGUGUUGCGUUCUAUCUUCUAUUUAUUUAUUGCAACUUUUUUCUUAAUAUUUCGAAAGCAUAUUAUCCUUCUAGCCAAUUGAUUUUUGAAUAAGAAAAUCCUGACAACUAUUGAUCUCUCUUAUAAUGCUAACAAAACUCAGCAACACUCAGAAGCAAAAAUUCAACAAAAACAAAAUUAAGGUUGUGCGCAUCGAAACCGAUUAACCACGAGUGAAUCUACAGCACAUCCUCAACUAAGCAAAAAAAAAAAAACCUAAAUCAAAACUAUCUCCUAAUACAAACACAACGUGCAAAACUGCUUAAAAUAGAACAAACGUUAUCUCGCUGCCAUUAGAAGAAAAGUGGAAACUUAUUCAAAUUUCAGCCAUACAAAAUUCCAGCGAGCCAUUAACAGAGGCUUGUGUUUUUGGGAUAGCAGAACUUUUUGUGGCGAUUGGAGUGUGUGCAAUAUCAGAAGCAAAAGAUGAACUAAAUGAAAAACGAAACGUAAGCGUUCAAGUCCGGGUUGUCCAAGGCUUUAACAAAUUAUAGCGGGCACCCAGGAUUGUAGAGAACUAGUCAAGCUGGUAGCGAACGGGUAGCGCAGAUCGCGUUUUCAUCUCUCGAACACAUUAGAAUCUUUAAAAAAAAUCUUAACUUACACCCUAAUAAAAUAACCAACUUAACCAACGUGUUACAUAUACCAUACAUACCAUUACAUCAGUAGAAGAUCGAUCUCGAAAUUGAGGAGCAUCGAAACCCCUUUCCAUUUAAACCCUUUAGAUCUGACAUACCUAUUAACUCUCUAAUGCGCAUUGUACUAUGGAAGCAAAACAUUAGAAAAAUCACCAACAUUUUUGCCGUUAACGCUCACAUACUCAGAUAUUGAAUGAUUCAUAUAAAACUAGUCGGAAAUGGAGACAACGAGUUUGUAAAAGUUGGUGUAAAAUAGAAUCUAACAGUUUUUCUUUGGAAAGUCCUGGCUUUGCUGUACGGAAGAAAGAAACGAGGAAGUAAAAUAUGCAAUUUUGAAACCUUAACUAGAGCAGUCAUAUCAUUAGAAAGUUCGUGGAUAGAAUAGAUAAAAAUUGGAAUAAUAAUUCCUUCAACCAAAUAUCAUGAAACUACCAAACUUUUUUGUCUCAAUUUGAUCAUCACUCUCAAAUAAUCGAUCCUCUUUUCUUAUUCCAAAUUUUCGUCUUCUUCACCCUUAAUUCUUUUGGCCAUUUUAAAUUUAUUUCGAAUCUUUUUGUAACAUUGCAUCAGUUAAUUACCUUGUCAUUGUAAUCGAAGUUGUAUCAAUUUGGUCGUAACAUUGCAGUAGAAAAAGAUAUCCAAAACAUUUAGCACUUCCAGCAUUACUUCUUGUGAGAAAAGCAUAAUUAAAAUUACGAUUCACUCUAACCUUAAACAUUCUAAUCUCUAAAAUAAAACACAAGACGACAAACCGUUGUAACAACUUUUAACCCCACAAAACCAUGGUUAAAUGUGAAGGCAAAAAAAGGGGUUUUGCUAGGCACCGACUCCCUACCCUACGAAUACAUAUUUCGGUUGGGGGAGAAAAUGUUCGAGAAAGAAAAACUGCAGGAAAACAAAAAAAAAAAUUAUCACGUUGAACGGAAAGCUAUUGCUACCAAGAAUUAGAGGCAGGAAUGAACGAGAGUUGAAAGCAGAAAAUAAAACUGAAGACAAUAUUUAGUAUUUCCGAUACAGAUUUACUGUAUUUGUUAAUAAUUUAUAUAUAUACACAAAAAAAACUGUAGUGCAUAUACAUGCAGCAAAGAGCGAGCGGACGAGGAUGAAGUUAGGACAAAUUAAAUCUUUGAAACCCCCUAUGGAAGUUUUCAAACUUGUAAUAUACCAGCAGAAGAAACAGAAAAAAAAACUAUUCAAAAACAGUUUCAAAUCGUACAGCCAUUUUCAAACUUUUAUUGCAUCUAUCUAUCUGUUGUAUAAAUAAUUUUCACACACUUUUGCUUGGUUGUUUUUUUGGGAGUUGUGAUGAGCACAGUUUAACAAAUCUCAGUAAAUUCGAAGGAGGCGUGACGACAAAUAUUACUUUUUCCAGUUGGUUUAUUAAAAAGCGUUAUUUUCAUUUUUACUCUAUUUUUCAACCACUGUUUAAGUGUUUUAACCAAUAUUCAGAUUUAUUUCUGAAAGAUUGCUAAUGCUAUUUUAAUAAUUCUCAGAUCGAGCAUCAAGAGAGGCAUUUUAAAUAAGUUUCCUUGAAAAAAUUAAGAGAACUUUUUCUAAACGUCGUAGGUACAUUGGUAUAAUUUUGUUUGUUGUCAUUCUUACCACAGUUGUCGAAUUUACUCGCAACAUCACUCGAAAAAAAACGUUUUACUGUUGUACAAAGAAAAAACUGAAAUUAAAACUGUUAAUAUCGUUCAUCGAUUAUAUUUAGGACCUUCUGCAUCUGCAUAUUUAUUUUAUACCAGACCUCUCUCAAAAUAACGUUGCCGUCGCACAGAAAUGUAAAGCGUCAAUUUCGGAAGGAAAAACCAUAAAAGAGCCAUACUGAAUUGAACGAAAAAAACAUUUUUUCUGAAGCGUUAAUUUUGGAUUGGAUGUAAGCAUUCUCAUAAGUUUAUGUUCGAAACAAACCUCUGAAAAAAAACUUUGACAAAUUACAAUAACAUACAGGCAAUUGAUGGAAGUACUAUAUGUAAAGAACGAAUGAGAAGGCGAUCCGCGAAAAGCGGUUAAAACAAGAGAAACUAACGUAAAAAUCGGAAAACGAACUACAACGAUCAGGUUACAUGAAAAACACAACUAGUGCUAAAAUAACAAAGAACCCGUAGUGGGGAUCGAAAUUAUAUGCUACCAGCUAAAUGAAAAAUAAAAUAAAAAACAAGCAAAACUAAAACCUAAAACAAAGCGACAGCAACAACUAACAAAAAACCAGAAAAAAUGACACGAACGCGGAGAAUGAGGAAGUGAAUCAACCUAUACUUCACUAAUUAAGAGUAAGAUAGUAGCAUAGAAUAUACCGGAAAAACAAAUCUAGUGUUUUAUAAAAAAAAAUAUAUUGAUUGUAAAAUUACCACGGCAAAAUAUAUUAUACAAAUACUAAAAC